GUGGCGCACCAGCGUCGGCCGCGGAAGGCGCCUGCGGGAGGGGCGGCGGCGGGAUGGCGGCCGAGGACGACGACGCCCGGAAGGCAGAUUGAAGAGCGAGCCUGGAUCGAUGCCCCACCAAAUCCCAGCCACCUGCCCAGAAUUUAUGAUCACAUGACCCUGGAUAUGGACGUCGUCCUCUCGGAUUUUGUCCGCUCAACAGGGGCAGAGCCAGGAUUGGCAAGAGACUUACUGGAAGGGAAGAACUGGGAUCUGAGCGCUGCACUGAGUGACUUUGAGCAGCUGCGCCAGGUACAUGCAGGGAACUUGCCACAUCCUUUCAACGAAGGGCGCAGCUUUAAGCCUGUAGAAAAGGACGCCGUUCGCUCCGUGCGGCCUCCCCUGCAGCGCCAAGAUGACAUGGUCCAGGAAAAGCGCCUUUCCCGGGGGAUCUCCCACGCGAGCUCCACCAUCGUCUCUCUGGCUCGCUCCCAUGUCUCUAGCAAUGGCAGUGGCAGCAGCGAGCACCUCCUCGAGAUGCCCAUUUGCACCUUCCAGCUGCCUGACCUUACUGUGUACAAUGAGGAAUUCCGCAGCUUCAUAGAGCGGGAUCUCAUCGAACAAUCCAUGUUGGUGGCGCUGGAGCAAGCUGGUCGCCUCAAUUGGUGGGCGGUUGUGGAUCCCAGCUGCCAGCGGCUGCUUCCCUUGGCGACUACGGGAGAUGGGAAUUGCCUGCUGCAUGCCGCAUCUCUGGGUAUGUGGGGUUUCCACGACCGGGAUCUCAUGCUCCGGAAAUCCCUUUACGCCCUAAUGGAUAAAGGCAUGGAAAGGGAAGCGCUCCGGCGGCGCUGGAGGUGGCAGCAGACCCAGCAGAACAAAGAGUCUGGUCUUGUUUACACAGAAGAGGAGUGGCAAAAGGAGUGGAAAGAGCUCAUCAAGCUGGCGUCGAGCGAGCCUCGGAUGCACUACGGCACCAAUGGUGGCAACUGUGGUGGUGUCGAAGGGUCCGAGGAACCAGUGUAUGAGAGCCUGGAAGAGUUCCACGUCUUCGUUCUUGCGCACGUGCUCAAGAGGCCCAUCGUGGUGGUGGCAGACACAAUGCUGCGAGAUUCUGGAGGGGAAGCAUUUGCUCCAAUACCCUUUGGGGGCAUUUAUCUCCCCGUGGAGGUCCCAGCCGGCAAGUGUCACCGUUCCCCCUUGGUCCUGGCUUAUGACCAAGCCCACUUUUCUGCCCUGGUAUCCAUGGAGCAGAAGGAACCCACCAAAGAACAAGCUGUGAUUCCACUGACGGAUUCUGACCACAAGCUGCUUCCGGUCCACUUUGCUGUUGACCCUGGGAAGGACUGGGAAUGGGGCCGGGAUGACCACGACAACGUGAAACUGGCGAGUGUGACGCUCUCCUUGGAGGCCAAGUUGCAGCUGCUGCACACCUACAUGAACGUGAAGUGGGUCACUCUGCCAUGUGAGACACAGGCACCACUUGCGCAGCCGGAGUCCCCUACGGCCUCUGCUGGAGAUGAGGCCCGCUCAGCCGCUGACUCUGGAGACUCGGACAAGGAGUCUGUCUGUAGUAGCUCCGCCAGCAACAGUGGUGGCAGCAAGAGCAGCAGCAAGGAGAAGGAGAAACCAAAGAAGGAACGGGACAGAGAAAAGGAGAAGAGAAGAGCUGACUCAGUGGCCAAUAAGCUGGGCAGCUUUGGCAAAACGCUGGGCAGCAAGCUCAAGAAAAACAUGGGGGGGUUGAUGCACAGCCGAACCGUCCGAGGUGGUGUCAGCAACGGGCAAGGGGAGGUGACGGAGAAGAAGAAGAAGGGGUCCCUCAAGGGCAGGAAGGGCAGCCAAGAGGAGGCGUCGCUAGGCGAUUCGGCACUUCCUGCUGAGAAGCCCGGUGCGGGCAAAGCAUCUGCGGAGAAGCAGCCAGAGGCCUGCAAGUACAGCAGUGACGUCCGGCUCAGUUUGAGCAUCCUCCGAGCCGCCAUGCAAGGGGAACGCAAGUUCAUCUUUGCUGGGCAGCUCAAGACCAGCCACCGGCACCAGUACCAGGAGGAAAUGAUCCAGCGGUACCUCUCGGAUGCAGAAGAACGCUUUGCAGCCGAACUGAAGCAGAAGGAGGCUGAAAAGAAGGCGCUGGGGAACAGCUUGGCAGUGAAGAAGCUCGACUCAGAAGGCAACCCUCUUAAAGGAGAGGAGGCCCUGCUGAGCACCCCCUGUCCCCCGGUACUCUCGCCAUACAGCACCCAGAGCCCAGAUCUGGCCGCUGUGGGGGCCAAGAUGGCUGGUGUCCCUUCCAGUUACUCGGGGCUUUUCACCAUUCCCCGUCCGUCCAUGGUGAGCAAUGUGGAAAGCAGCCACCCUCCCAACCACCAUGAGAGCCGGAGGCAGGUUGCCGGCGGUCCCUGUGCCCCUCUUCCUCCUUACGCUACCCUGCCCAGGUACUGCACUCAGGGGCGGCCACACCCUUACCCAGCCAGCCCUUCCCAACUGGGGCGGUUCUCUCCUACGGAGAUGGACAUUCCGCCAAAUUUCGGGGUAGACUGCGACAAAUCAUCUGGUCCAGUUCUGCGCAGCAACGGCUACCGAGAAUACACAGAACAGGAUGGCAGCCCGCCAAAGGGCACCAGCGGGGACCGAAACAAAACGCGGCUGCUCUGUAAUGUACAGCAGACCAAAUGCAAGCAGCCAAAUUGCAGUUUUUACGGACACCCAGAAACUGGGAACUUCUGCUCGUGCUGUUACAAAGAGGAACUGAAACGGAAAGACCAAGAGCGGGCGGCACUGACACACAGGUUUUAAGGAGCCAGGCGGCGCAUCCAGUGCCCAGGCCGAGGGCACAUGGGGAACACAAUAACCCCUCCCCCUCCCGCAUCUCACAAAGGGGAAGGGCUGGCCAGGGCGGGGGGGGGGGGUGGCAAGCUCCUUAUUGGGUGGGGAAGCCAAAGCCCUCCCUUCAAGGAGGUGUGGAGAAAGAAGGGUUUCUGACUGAUGGACAGACGGCUGCUGCAGGUGCCCAGCUCAGGGCAGGGCACCUGGGGGAGGGGGAGGGGGAGGGGGGGCGGCUCUCAAACUGAUCAAAUCACCUAGACCAAAGCUUUGAAUUCCAAGGAUGUAACAAACACCAUAAAGACAGGGAUCCCUUCUGUUGGUCCGACCUUCCCCCAACUUGAGUGUGUUUUUGGGUGGUUCUAGAGGGAUUUAAGCCACAGUCCCUACAAUUUUGUUUUUGAAAUAUUUGAAAUCUGCCAUCUAUUUCGUUAAUAUUAACAGUAUUGUUUAAAAUUUUUAACUCUUUCCACUCCACUUAGUUACUAAACAUGGAUUUUGAGUAGAAAAGGAGUCCUCCCCCCCCCAUGCCGUGAGAGUGUCCCUUCCCUCCAUCCCCGUCCCCCUUUCCCAGAAUCCUCUGGUUUUCUAAGCAUGUCCUGUCGUUGCUGGCGUUAGCCUUUUUAGAAGAGUUGGGCUUGAGAUAAAUUUUUAAAAAUAUAUUUUUAAAAAUCUUGUGAGGGUGGAGGGAAGGAAGGAGUAAACUAGUCACAACACCCAGGUGUGUGUUUGCUCUUCUUAGGGUGUGACACCCCCCUCCCCCCCCCCGCAAAAUCUUGUUGAUACAGUCAAGCUAGUUUAGUAAGAGUUUGGUCACCGGGGUGAUCGGUAGGGCUUUGAUAAAAGCAAUAAACUACAGCAGGCAAUAUGAAAUGGGGGGGCAGAGAGGGUGGGUUCCUGGGCGCCUGAAUGCCAAGAGCCCUUUCCCCGCCCCCCCCCCCUGCUGCUGGUAGACAGAUCUUUAUAAAAUUCUCUGAUCUACAGAUAAUGACUUUCCUUCCAUGCAAGCAAUUUUUUUUUUCCUAGACUACCUCUCUGUUCUGCUGAGUAGAAAUAAUCUGGCUCCCUUUUGUUGAGCCGACACUUGAACUAUGGGAAUGACGAGGAGGAGGAAAUCGCGCUGCGUCCCAGAGAACUGUUCUGCUAACAGUGGCGCUUCCCACCCACCCCAACCCCCAAGAAAAGCACCACCCUUAGUAAGAGCAGCUCCCCAGGGUGUAUAUUUUUUGUAACGGGGCUGAAUUUGUUUAAGGAAGAAAGACAAAGACAAGCUAAUUAUACUUUUUCUUAAAAAAAAUUAAGAAGUGGGUCCUCUCUUUCCACCUUUCAACCCCCUUUCCCACCUCUGGCAUUUUUGGCACACCGUUAAUGCCACGGUAAAUUUUCCGAUGGCAAAAAUGAUGACCACUGGGGGGCUGGCGCAGCGUUAGGAGGGGAUUUUUGCCCCGUGGGGUUCUUGGUGAGAACCUGCUAUGAUGAGAGGAAAGAACUGGUCUGAAAUCUCACAGGGUUCCUGGAGGGGGGGGUGGGUGGGGAAAUGCUUGUAUUUUUCAUGAAGGCUUCAAAACUAUGCAACUUCCAGGGGAGAACCAGAUGCAAGUGUCCUUAAAAACUGGCCGGGUUCUUGGGUGCUCCUUGUGCUGAGCCGAGGCCGGUGGUGGCGCAGCAUCCACCGAUGACCAGGGGCGGCUGGGAGAGGGCCGGUCAGCCUGGCUCCCUCCCGUGGGGCUUAAUUUGGGGGGGGGGAGCAGGGUGGCGGUGGCAGAAGAAGCAUGGCUGCGUGUGCAGUCUGUCAAGGGCUCCUUUCUGUGCGCCCUCUCUCUCGUUGCCCACGCAGCUGAGUGGAGGGGUGCCAACAUCUGCCAGCCUGUCUGUCCGCCGUGCAGUGGCAGCGAGGGCUGCAAGGAGGGCACUCCCUUUCGGGCUUGGCUGGCUAGUCCAAAUCUUUGUCUGUUGUGGGGAUGUGCUGGGAGCAGAUUUGUGUUUGGACAGGAUGUGGUAAGAACUGGCCAGCAGCAUUGGGGGUGUGUGCUUGAAAUACUGUGAGUCUUUGGUCCUUUAUUCUCAAGGAGGGCGGCCAAGCACAUGCAGCCCCUUUCAGGUGUGUUUUCAUUGGGCUGGAGCCUACAGACCUGGUUUGCUCCUGGCAGCCAUCCUGUGGCAGCCAUUAGCAGAAUGGGUCCAUGGGCUCCUGCGCGUUCUUCUUCCUAAGAAUGGCUUGAGCGUCAAAAUUACCCCCCUGGGCAAAGGUGCCCAGUGUAAACUUAAAAGCCAACUUAGAAACGCUUGGACAAACCGAGGACCCCAAAUACUUCUUGAGGUGUCGAGCAGUUGAAAAUCUUCCCUUUCAGGAAAUCCUGAUGGCCCCAUCCAUGCGCACAUUCUUUGCAGAUAACAUUGCCCAGCUGGGAGUGUCCGUUUUUGCUAAUGGGAUGAGUGUUUUUGUGUGUAUCUAUAAAAUGUAUUUUUGGAAAAAAUUAACAUACCUGAUUUAUUUUUCCUGGGUCCAGCAGAUAAAAUUGCUGCUGCUUCUGCUAUUUCUCAAAUCGAUGAGUGUUCUGGGAGUGUUUGACGUCGGAGUUCUUAGGAACGGCCUCGGGCUGUGUAGGUGCUGCUUGUCUGGGGGCUGUUCGGCGUUCCGAUGACUGUGAAGUUCUAUACGCUUAUGUGGGGCAAGAGAAACGGAGAGGCUGUGCGAUCGCCGUGGGUUGUAGGUGGCAUCGCAAAUGAUUUGAAGCCCCCCCUCCCCCG